UUUCCCUAAAACAUUUGUGCAUCUUAUUUCCAAGAGUAGAAACAAUACAGCAGCCAGAUACACUGCAAGCCAGUGUAGUCUACAACAAUUACCUUUCUCUAUUGUUUGUGUCUUUUGUGCUUGAAAUGUACAUUGCCUGUUCAGGAGAGCAGCUGACUGUCUAAGGGACAGUGCCAGUUCAAGAGUUUUGAUACUUCACUUUAAUUUUAUUCACGUUUACCGUAUAUGUUCUAAUUGGUUACACUGUCUGAAAGAGAGAAAAAGACGGUCUGCUGUCAUGUACUCGGUGUCUGGCGUACAUUUGGGGGAGGGGGCUCACUGGAAAACAAGUAUGUGAAUUCAUAACACCGCGAACCAGGAAGACGGACGCGAAACUUAAAAUUAAUUUCGGUGUGUGACUACUUUAGUAUCUGCGCUUUAUCUUUGGACCGAAGUAAUGUAUUAAACUGUGCGAAAACAGAAAAUAUUAAACGCAAACGACAGCCCCCUUCCUUUAAGCAAAGGUCAAAGUUCACAGGAAGCUGGGGGGCUGCCAUUUUUCCCCCUGCUAACAUGUUAGAUGCUAAAAAGGCGAGGAGUGGUGGUCGCUGCUGAGUGGUUCUGUUUAUUUGGGUGUUUGCAUUUCGUUUGCGUUUGUCUACCUCUUCUGUCGUAUGCGUUAGGCUUGGUUAUUGAAUGAAGGCGGCAUGGAGAGGACAGAACACCCGUGGAAUUCCUCCUACACGUACCAGGUGAGUAAACACAGCGCCGACAUGCUACACAACCUCAACAGCCAGAGAAAAGAUGGAGGCAGGUUUUGUGAUGUUAUCUUGCGCGUCGGAGAGGAGAGCUUCCCAGCGCACAAGGCAGUGCUGGCGGCGUGCAGCGAGUAUUUUGAGUCGGUGUUUAGCUGUCAGGCGGAAGACGACGGCCAGGGCAAGGAGCUGGAGAUGCACACGAUCAGUCCCAAAGUUUUCCGAGACAUCCUGGACUUCGCAUACACGUCUAAGAUCGUGGUGCGUCUGGAGUGUUUCCCGGAGCUUAUGACCGCGGCGAAGUUUCUGCUUAUGCGAUCUGUCAUCGAGAUCUGUCAGGAGGUCAUCAAACAAUCCAACAUGCAGAUCCUCGUGCCUCCUUCACGAGGAGGCGAGCACAGCCUGUUCAGGGCCGCGGAGCAGCUGUCAUACCCCCUUCCCGUGGACAUGUCAAACGGGAGCGUGUCCAGCGGCGCAGUGUUUACCGACAACAACGACAGCGACUGUGCCGAUCCGACGCAGCCAAGUAACAGCUCACAGCCGGCCACUUCCGGAGCACAAGCGGCCGAUCGCUUAGCGGUUUCCCCGCUGGAGUUUCCCAGCAGCCACCUCAAUAGCGACGGCUCUAAGCGAGGCAGAGGGAGACCCAAAAAAGAGCCCACGACAGAGCCGAUCACUUACAACAACAGCACUGCUCUAAACGAAAACAAGGGGAUUUUCUUGUGCGGGGUUUGUGGUAAGAUGUUUCCUGACGAUGUCCAGUUGAGAAACCACGAGACGCAGCACGGGACGUUCACCGGCGGCGUGCGCACCGGACCGGAGCUGGUCGCUGUGGACGGCCCGACGAUGAUCUCUCCUCCCCAGGCGCGGUUUCAGGAAAACGGACUGCCCGCGGAAAACCGUAAACGCGAGAGGACGAGACGUCACGUCGCGUGUGAUCUGUGCGGGAAGGUCUUCCGAGACGUCUACCACCUCAACCGGCACAAACUGUCACAUUCGGGCGAGAAACCGUACGCGUGUCCGGUGUGCGGGCUGCGCUUCAAACGCAAAGACAGGAUGUCUUACCAUGUGCGGUCUCACGACGGCUCGGUGGGUAAACCGUAUGUCUGUCAAAGCUGCGGGAAAGGUUUCUCCAGGCCAGAUCAUCUGAAUGGACAUAUUAAACAGGUUCACACCACAGAGAGACCUCACAAGUGUCAGAUUUGCAACGCGUCUUUCGCAACAAGAGAUCGCCUGAGGUCGCACCUGGCAUGCCAUGAAGAUAAGAUACCAUGUCAAGUGUGUGGGAAAUUCCUCCGGGCUGCCUACAUGACCGACCACUUGAAAAAACACAGUGAAGGACCUCAUAACUACUGUGGAAUAUGCAACAAAGGUUUUUCUACUGCAUCCUACUUAAAGGUGCAUGUAAAAACGCACCACAGCUCGUCCAUGCUCCCUUCCUCUGCAGCACAUCAGUUCCCUGAAGCACGUACCAACAGACCACAGAUGCACAACGGUGCCCCCUACCACUCAGGACGCCAGUGCGCAGUGGAAGACCUUUGCACCAAUCACCGGCUCGUGGUUACCUUUCCUGAGACAGAGGGGUCUUUUCGGGGGCUAGCUGGGCCAGUUCUACCCCAGCCCAUCCCUCCGAGCCUGGGCCUGCAGCCUGAGCUGCUCCUGGGCAAGCCAGGUCCAACUCCCUAUUUUUGGGAGUGCCGCUCUUCUGGAGCACCAGGGUUUCCACUUCAUGGACCUCUUACAGACGGGCAGGAGAAUGCUGGGAAAUGCCCCCAUCAGGACUCUGAUGGAUCGGAUGCAGUUUUCGGUGACCUUUCCAAUGGAACGGACCUCAAGACUGAACAGAAAGUAGAGGGAGAAGAAAUGGAAGUGACAUCUUUUAUCUUUAACGGCCAACCUGAUGAUGCAGUGACCUCACCGGGGGGAUCCAAAAACAUCCAAAACACAGACCAAGAAAAGAAGUUUGCCUGCGGCGACUGCGGCCAGACCUUCCGCACAAAGUCUUACCUCAACAAGCACCAUCACCGGGUUCAUAAGAAACGUGCUGCGGCCCUGUCUGGCCUCGGUGAUCUCGGUUCACCCUUUUCCCCCCAACAGAAUAUGUCACUUCUUGAAUCCUUUGGCUUUCAGAUCGUCCAGUCAGCCUUUGCCUCCUCACUAGUGGACUCUGAGAUGGGCAACAGUGGAAUGGGUUUAGGGGAGAAAUGACCCCUUUGAGAUGCAGACAUUUCUUCUAACCUUAUUGGACAACCAAACUUUUCAUAACUGCGAGUUUAGUCUGUUGUCUCAUACUCCUUGACGCCACAUGCAGAGUACUUUUUGUUUUUGGCUUUUCUUAUUAUUCUAAUGUUUGUUAAUGUUUCGACUUUGCCAUCGUGGAUGCCAUUUUGAUUCCAUCUUGGUGUGAAGCAGCUAAUGUUUAUUCCUCCUUCAACAAAUCCUCAAUUUCAUUGGUCUAUCCUAAAAAUAAACAAAAAACUAUUCAUUGCUUUUGACAUGUUUGUGUAUCACGUGUGUCUCCCGGCUUCCACAUUGUGGAUUGAGGAUGAUGUAUGCUUUAAAAGACAAACUAAUGCCCCAACCUUCAGAAUGUACCUCUAGGUCAUUUUUGCCCAGACUUACCUCACCGAGAAGCAUAACAUUACCAAGUAUUACGAUUUUAACAGUCUAGACAAAAGUUUUCACCAUCAGAAAACACUGAGACCGUGUAAUUUGCGCAGCUGUCGUAGACCUAGAGUCUUUUUCUAUAUGAGUUUCUUUAACAAACGUAAAUGAUUUUAAAUCCUUUAAAACUUCAGGCUAAAUAAUGGCUGUUAACUUUUGUGGUGUUUCUUUGUUUAUCAUUGGUAGUUCUGAGAUCCAUUGUUUUGGCUCACAAAAAGUGUGUCUGUUUUUAAUGUCCAACAGGGACCAAUUUCAGGUUUCACUGUAAGAUAUAGCAAGAAGCAAAGAAUAUAUUUUAUUAACUUAUUGAUACCGGUGUCCAAGUCUCCUUUUACGCAAAGGUAUAUACUGCGUUUUGUUGCGAUGUGCUAUUAUCUUGACUCAUGCAGCCGUCACAACGGCACGAGAGUGAUGACAUGUAUGUAUGAGUACACGUUUGUAUGCUGCAAUCUCUCCAAUGUCCUUUAUCUCUAGAAUGUAAUAGAAACAGAGGGCUUUUUAAUCUUUUUUUUAAUAUAUCAGAGUUUUCUAAGUGGUUCAGUACAUUCCUGCUUAAUUUAAAUUUAAUGACAUGUAACAUUCUAUAUAUAAAAUAAAUAUGUAUAUAUGUAUGGCCAAUUAUAUUAGUUUAUGCAAACGGGGUCCUUGUAUAUUUUCCUUGGCCUGGUUGAAUGAAUGGAUCUUUCUUUUCUUUUCAUUUUCCUUUUAUUAUAAUUUUUUUCAGAGAGCAAGUUUUAACAGAAUUGUUUUAAGUUGUUAUUGACAAAUCCAUAAAUUUAGUUUUGUCUUUAUUAUUAUGCAAGUAUUUGAGUGUGUGUUUGGUGUUAGCCUGUUCCUCUUACUCUAAAUGCAGUGUUAAUGCUGGUUACCUUUCCUUUUAUUUUACCCUGCAGGUUAUUAGUAUUGUGUACCAAUAAUGUAUUUGGAGUAUUUGGAAAGGCAGUAUGUACAAUGUUGCCGAGGUUUUGCAAGCGGUCACUCAUGAUUGAAUCUAUGAAUGACAUAAUGUACACACACACACACACAAGAAGUCUUUAUUUUGUUACCGUAUGUACUUGUUGGACUUAAUGUUUUUAUGUGUAGCCGUAAAAUCUGAGGCAGACUGAUCUGUUUUUAGCUUCAGCUUACUUAUUUGACUAAUCAUUGCUAAUAUCAGAUCAUAACAUCUGUUAAUUGAUUGCAGUUUUAACAAUUCUAAUAGUAACAAUCAUUGUCUGCCCAGUAAGUGUGAUCUGAAUAUUUGCAGCCCUUAUUUAUUUACAAAUUUUAAGUUGUA